AUUUUAUAUAAAUAAUAAAAUGGCAAAGACAACUUGUGCAAAAGCUCUAUAAAAUUGGGAAUAAGAACAUCCAGGUGAACAACCAUCAGAAGCAGAAGAUAUUAGAUUGAUGUUCUAAAAUCCUCCUCUUGAUAAAUUGGAUCCUCCAGUUUUAAAUACUUUAGCUAAAGUGAAACGUCUAUCACUUUCUUCAAAUGCAAUAGAAAAAAUGGUGAAUUUACCUGGUUUAAGACAGAUAGAAAUCUUAUCUUUAUCACGAAACAAUAUAAAGAAAAUAGCUGGAUUAGAAGAAAUAGGAUAAACAUUAAAAGAACUAUGGUUAAGUUAUAAUUAUAUAGAAAGACUUGAUGGUUUAUAACCUUGUAUAAAAUUGCAUACAUUAUAUAUUGGUAAUAAUAGAAUUAAAGUGUGGGAUGAAGUUGAUAAAUUGAAAGAUCUCCCAGAAAUAGCUAAUGUACUUUUUGUAGGUAUAAUUUUCAUUUAAAUAAUAAGGUAAUCCUAUUUAUGAAAAUUAAAAAGAUGAACCUAAAUUACUUGUUCUUAAAAGAAUAAAUACAUUAAAAAAUGUUGAUGGUACUGUAGUUGAUGAUUCUUUAAUGGAAAAAGUAAAAGCUUUAGGAGAUGCAGGUCCACCAGGAACUGUUAAAUGAAUAUUAUUCAACAUAUUAAUAAUAGAAAAAUAUUACAACAGAAC